AUGGACUCAGCACUGUCGUCAGUAGUAUCUUCAGAUAUUGAUAGCUCUAAGGCAAAUCAACAUACUUACGCUCCAGAGGCGAGAACCUUGGACAAUGCAAAUCUUAUUUCCGAGCUGAAAAAAGUAGUGUCACUUCACUCAAAGUCGUCAGACGCCGAGGAACUGCACAAGAUACUUACGCAGAACAGUCGAGGGAUCGAAAAGACAUUGGAACGAUACGAAUCUCAAACGCAUGGCCUCGGACCCAUCGAAGCGCCUCUCGAUCUCGAACGAGAAAUCACUCAUCCAGAUCCCAACUCUUACUUACAUCCUGAGGACAAAUGGAAAUACGCGGUAGACCAAGAGACUGGAUUAAGAAUCGUAGAUUUUGUGGAGGAUGACCAUGAAGAUCCUAGAAAUUGGCCAAAACGGGCAAAGUGGAACUACACGGUAUUACUAGGGAUUAUUUGCUUUGAUGUGGCAAUGAUGUCUGCCAUCAUUACUGGGGAUCUGGACUCACCCGCUGCUCAUUUUAAUGUAUCGAUAGAGGUUAUGUGUCUCUGUGUAUCACUUAUGGUGUGGGGAUUUGGGCUGGGACCUCUACUUUUUGCGCCAUUAUCCGAGGAGUUUGGAAGAAACCCUGUUUACUUGGUGACGCUGCUCGUUGCGGUUGUUUUCAUCGUGCCCUGUGGUGCGGCAAAAAACAUUGGAACUCUGCUGGCUUUCAGAUUUCUAGACGGACUCGCAUUUAGUGCACCUAUGUGCUUAAUCGGUGGUUCGCUUAGUGACAUGUGGAGAAGUGAUGAACGUGGUGUCGCGAUGUCGCUUUUUUCGGCAGCCCCAUUUUUGGGUCCUGUGAUGGGCCCCAUUGUUGGCUCACUGAUUUCAGUCAAGUGUUCCUGGAGAUGGGUAUACUGGUUCAUGUUAAUCUUCAGUGGAUGCAUUUAUGCAGUUAUGGCUGUGUUCAUGCCUGAAACUCACCAUCAAAAGAUUUUGAGAAGCCGAGCUAAGAAUUUACGGGAUCUCACGGGCGAUAGCACUUAUCGGGCCAUCAGUGAAAUUAAGAUCCGGAGUAUGAAAGAAGUUGCAAAAGUAACGUUGCUACGGCCAAUCAUUUUGUUAUCCGAAUUGAUUGUUUUCCUUAUUACGCUUUACAUGUCUGUGAUUUACGGUCUUCUAUACAUGUUCUUCUUUGCGUUUCCCAUGGUCUACACUGAAGGAAAGGGGUUUGGUCCGAUCAAGACCAGCCUUAUGUUCAUACCCGUUGGUGUAGGUGUAAUUCUCUCAACCGUUAUAUCACCUUUUCUCAACAAGGACUACCUACGGAGAGCGAAAGUAUACACCGAUAGAGGAGAGGUGCCUCCUGCAGAACUGAGACUUAUUCCAAUGAUGAUCGGAUGUUGGUUUGUUCCCAUCGGACUUUUUUCCUAUGCGUGGUCAUCCUUCCCCUCUGUGUCGUGGGCCGGUCCUUGCUUUAGUGGUCUCGCAUGUGGGUUUGGGUUCUUAAUGCUGUACAAUCCGGCCAAUAAUUAUAUAGUCGAUUCCUAUCAGCAUUAUGCAGCGUCUGGCCUCGCUGCCAAGACUUUUGUGAGAUCGAUUUGGGGUGGUGUUGUUCCAUUGUUCACAAUACAAAUGUAUCACAGGCUGGGUUAUGAAUGGGCCAGUACCUUGAUGGCUUUUAUCGCUUUAGCAUGCUGUGCGAUUCCCUACCUUUUCUAUUUCUUUGGUGCGAAGAUUAGACAAAAGUCCAAGUAUGCUUACUCACCUGCCAUUUCAUCAAAAAAAGAUUUGGAAUUUCAAACCGUGGAGGAGAAUUUCGAUACCAAAGAGACGAGCAGCUAA